UUUGUUCAUCUGCUGUCUGUUUGGCUUUAACAACUCCAAAGACAUGUUGCUUUACCUGUUUUUACUUUUCUCUCCCUUUAUAGCCCUGGGUUCCAUGAACAGCAUAAACCCAGAAAGUACUGAAGAACAUGUUGCAGAGGGCAGAAACAUCAACCUGACCUGUACAUAUGAGGGUGUUAUCAACAAUAUCCAGUGGUACCGACAAUACCAGAGAUCCAGACCAGAGUUCCUGCUCUACAUCACAGAGGGAGGAUCAAUUCAUCCAACUGGUUCUGAUUUCUCAGCUCACAAUGACAAGAAAACAACCUGGUCUCACAGAAUUCCAGGUGUCUUCAUGACAGAGAACUGUUUGAUUCCAGCUGUGAACAUCAGACCAAACAACUCACAAAACGUAUUCAUCCUGAACAUUCAUAAACAGCAUUUCACCUCUGUAGACAUGGAAAAACUCACUGCAAUUCUGUUCUGCUUCACUCUCAUAGGUAACACGAUGGAAGAUGAUAUUACUGCCAGCAGUGCUGAAGUCUUUUCAUCAGAGGGCCGUAGUGUUACUCUGUCCUGUACCUAUUCAGUUAAAGCUGAUAAUCUCCAGUGGUAUCGAGAGGAUCCUGGAUCAGCUCCUCAGUUCCUUCUCCUGAUCAUUGAUACUAAACCGCCUUCAGUAAAGGAAGCAACACCUCCUCACCCUCGACUGAAUGCAACACUGAAUAAGGAGAAAAAUCAAGUUGAUCUGGAGAUCUCCUCAGCUGAAGUGUCUGACUCUGCUGUGUACUACUGUGCUCUGCACACAAUUUCUAAAACUAUUAAUACGUAUAGCAAAACCACUCACUGA